CUUAUGAUGAUGUAGCAAAAAUGCAGAAUGUUGAUAUAAAAAAUUUACAAGUAUGUUUGAACAAACUCAUUUCCACGACGGAUCCUUCAAAGUCCCAACAAACUGUUACCCAAUUAAACGGUUUUACAAAAUUAUUCACCAGAUUUUCGCAAAACAAAACGUCUGUAAUCGACUGGAAUAAAAUCGAAAAGUUACCAGAAGAAGCUGUUAAAGAUUACGAUUGUUUAGAUUCGCCGACUAACUGUACGGUACACCAAAUGCUCAAUAAAUUAGUGAUAGUGAAAUUGAACGGCGGAUUGGGUACUUCCAUGGGAUGUAGCGGCCCCAAAUCCAUGAUAAUCGUAAAAGAUGGUAAAAAUUUCCUAGAAUUAACUUUAGAACAAAUAGAUAAUUUGAAUAAAGCUUAUAAAGUAGAUGUGCCUUUGGUACUAAUGAAUUCUUUCAAUACCGAUACCGAAACUGAAAAUAUUUUGAACAAAAAAGGGAUUUCGAAUGUUCACACAUUCAACCAAUCCUGCUAUCCUCGUAUUAGUAAAGAGACGCUCAUGCCUGUCGCCGAAGUGGGAAACGUGGAAGAAUCAAUGGAGAGCUGGUACCCUCCAGGACAUGGAGAUUUUUACGAAAGUUUCAAAAAUUCAGGAUUAUUAGAAAAAUUCAUAAAAGAAGGAAAAACGUACUGCUACGUAUCAAACAUAGAUAACUUGGGCGCUACAGUCGAUUUCAAAAUAUUAAAUUUUCUUUUGAAUCCUAACCAACCGCGCCAUUUUCACGAAUUCGUCAUGGAAGUAACCGAAAAAACCAAAGCGGAUAUUAAAGGUGGCACUUUAAUCAACUACGAGGGGAAAAUAAAUUUAUUAGAACUAGCGCAGGUACCAGACGAUCAUAUCAACGAUUUCAAAUCUAUAAAAAUGUUCAAAUAUUUCAACACUAAUAAUAUUUGGGUGAAACUCGAUUCGAUCGAUAGAAAUAUGAAGCAAGAUCUCCUCGAAUUGGAAAUAAUAGUGAAUCAUAAAUCUCUGAAGAACGGUCGGAAGGUCAUACAGCUAGAAACUGCAAUCGGAGCUGGAAUGAAAUAUUUCGAAAAUAGCAUAGGUAUAAACGUACCAAGAAGUCGUUUCUUACCAGUGAAAAAAUCUUCUGAUCUCGUACUUAUUAUGAGUAAUGUGUAUAAUUUAAAUAAUGGCUCGUUAGUGAUGUCCCCGAAAAGGAUGUUCCCCAAUACUCCCUUGAUUAUGCUGGGUGACAAACAUUUCAAAAAUGUUUCCGAUUGCUUGUCGAGAUUCUCCUCGAUACCAGAUUUUUUGGAAUUAGACACGUUGACGGUAUGCGGUGAUAUUAUUUUCGGUAAAAACGUUUCCUUAAAAGGCAUCGUGAUUAUUUUAGCCAACGGUACUGAUCAAAUUAAUAUACCGGACGGAUCUGUCAUUGAAAAUACAAUUGUGAGUGGAAAUUUGACGAUGAUAGAUCUUUAAUACCAAAAAAUGCGUGAAAUGUGAGUUUUAUUAAUAAAAAAUACCAAAAAAAAUGCUUAUGGUA